CUACUUGGUUCUAAUAACAAUGGUUUUAGAACAUUCUGUAUUUUGCAAAUCAUAAUUAUCUAGAUAACAGAGAAUUUGUCACAUUUUACUCGGAACAUUACUAAUGUCUAAAUUUUACAAGUUCCAUCAAAAAUGGCCAAUUUUAAAAGGUUUUGGGCACAAAAACUGUUGGUAAAAGUUUCUAAAGUAAAUAAACGAAACGUGACUUCGAAUGCUUACAAUUAUUCAGAUCAUGAAGCAUUCAGAAAAGUGUUAAAUGAUGCUCACGAUAUUGUGGUGAUGACUGGGACAGACUUUUCCAAAGAUGGGUGUAAUAAUAAAUCUAUUAGUAAAACUGAAAAAAAUGAUAGGUGGAGGAAUUUCAAAGUCGAACAUUUAUCGAAUAUUAGAGCAUUCAAAGCGAAUCCGUCUUUGGUUUGGGAAUUUUAUAAUUAUCGAAGAAACUCAGCUUUUCGGUCAUAUCCUAACAAGGUCCAUUUAAAUCUGGCGGAUUUCGAAAGAAAAUGUAAGAGAGAAAACAAAGAAUUCAACAUCAUAACAAACAAUGUCGAUGGGUUGCAUAUACGUGCUGGUUCUCAAAAUGUCCUUGAAUUACAUGGCUCACUGAGAAAAGUUAUUUGUACCAAUAAUCAAUGUAAAACAAUCGAAACGGUUUACGAUGACCCUAUAGUACCAGCAUUUAAAUAUAUGUUAGAUCCGGCUUUACCUCAAUCUGAGUUUUCACCGAUUGAUGAAAAUCAAUUACCAAAAUGUAGAAAAUGCGGUUGUUUAGUUCGCCCCAAUAUUGUCUGGUUUGGCGAAAAAUUAGACACAGAUAAGAUGCUUCAAGUUAGUCACUUACUUCUUGUGUGUGAUUUAUUAAUAAUUAUCGGUACUUCCCUUAGUAAUUAUCCAGCAGUGUUAUUUGGACUUAACGCGGCUAAAAGGGGGAUACCUGUGGCCGAAUUCAGUAUGGUAAACACCCCAUCUGAUAACCGUUUUAUGUUCCAUUUUCAAGGACCUCUUGAAGAAACUGUACCAAAAGCGUUGGGAAUAGUACAAUAAAAAUUGUAAAUUAUGUAAAGCAAACUUUGCUUUUCUUUGAUGCAAUUUAUAGUAAAUACAUACAAAAGAGUUAUA